CUAGACACACCAACUUUUGUUUUCCAGCUUCUCUCUCUCCUCCGCUUUCUCUCUCUAAAACCCAAGUGGGGGAUCCGUCGUACAAUUCAAAACAACCUUGUCGGCUAAAGACGUUAUUCAUCGUAUUUAAAUGCUGAUUAGCAUUUCCCUGAUCAUUAUAAUCACGUAUUUUUAUUGUUACUUUUUUAUUCUCCGUAUCACCUUUCUUAAGUUUUCAUUUGUCACCCAUUGCUCCUCUCUCUCUCUCUCUCUCUCUCUCUGUAAUUUUUCUUGCCAUUUUAUAUAGUAAAGGUUCGAGUUUCGGUGUAUAUUAUAGUACCCAGAAAGCUACUCUGCCUUUUACACUGCUUUUUCGAUCUCUGGUGCAGCUUCUGCUGUUUGGGGCAUCAGAAUCUGUCGUUGUUUCUUGAUUUGGCUGCUGAUGCAGGGGCCAAGCCUCGUGAAGAUGCUAGUGCUUUUGCUCUUGCUUCUCCCAUUGAGCAAUGCUGACAAAAUUGUUAGCGAAGGGAGUGAGAGACAGUGCAAGUAUAAGCCAGAACUAGAAAACAGACCACAUAGUGUGUCUGUUGUAGAGUUUGGUGCCAUUGGGGAUGGAAAAACAUUGAACACUGUUGCCUUCCAGAAUGCAAUUUUCUAUGCCAAAUCCUUUGCUGACAAGGGUGGUGCUCAGUUGUAUGUGCCACCAGGAAGAUGGCUUACUCAAAGCUUUAAUCUUACCAGCCACCUCACGCUCUUUCUGGCAAAGGGUGCCAUCAUUCUUGGCUCUAAGGAUAUAUCUCACUGGCAAAUCGAUGAACCCCUUCCUUCAUAUGGUCGAGGACUUGAACUUCCAGGAGGAAGGUAUAGAAGCUUAAUAAAUGGAUAUAAGUUGCAAGAUGUGAUAAUAACAGGUGACAAUGGAACCAUUGAUGGACAGGGCUUGGUUUGGUGGGACUAUUUCACCUCACAUUCCUUAAAUUAUAGCCGUCCCCAUCUUGUUGAAUUUAUUGGUUCCAAGGAUAUUGUGGUGUCAAACCUUACUUUCCUGAAUGCUCCUGCAUUUAAUAUUCAUCCAGUAUAUUGCAGCAAUCUGCUAGUUCAGAACGUUUCUGUCUAUGCUCCACCCAAAUCACCUUACACUGUUGGCAUUGUCCCAGAUUCUUCAGAUAAAGUAUGCAUAGAGAACUGCGACAUCAGUGUAGGUUACGAUGCCAUUGCACUCAAAAGCGGCUGGGAUGAGUAUGGGAUCGCCUAUGGCAGACCCACAACAAGCGUGCACAUCAAACAUGUCCACCUACAAGCAUACUCCGGUGCUGCUCUUGCCUUUGGAAGUGAGAUGUCUGGCGGCAUUUCAAAUGUCCUCGUGGAGCACCUCCACCUCUACGAGUCACUCUGUGGGAUCGAGUUCAGAACAACAAAAGGUAGAGGGGGAUACAUCGAAGAGAUCAUUAUAUCCAACGUUGAGAUGAAAACUGUGCGUGUAGCAUUUGGUGCAACGGGUCAAAUUCGCUCUCAUCCAGACGACCACUUUGAUCCAUCUGCGCUCCCAGUUUUGCGCCAGAUCACCCUGCAGAAUGUUGUCGGCACAAGCAUCGGCCUUGCUGGCUACUUCACCGGAAUUCAGGAAUCUCCCUUCACUUCCAUAUGCCUGUCCAACAUCUCCUUAGGUAUCAAUUCUUGCUCUCCUACAUGUUGGAUCUGCACAAAUGUCUUGGGAUCCUCUCGGUUUGUGUUCCCUGAACCGUGCCCUGAUCUCGGGAGCUCCUUCCCCAACUCUUCCCUGGCCUGCUUCUCCCGACUGAAUCCCGAUAGCGGCACCGCAGCUUCAGCUUUAUGAAACCGUUUCCCAGUUCCAGAACUCUGAUCCAGUCAAUGUAUAAGGUGGAAAGCUGAAGUGUGAUAAACCCGUUACAGUUUACAGUCCUGGCCAGCCAGAAUGCUUUGUUUCUGCAUCUUCCCAAUUCCCAUUUCGUUUCUUCGUGUUCUAUUUUAAUGUUUCCAGUUGCUCAUUGUGUACAGUCAUCAUUCCUUCAUUCCUGUGGUAAAGCAGUUUUGGUAGUUGUGGUCUUUUCUUGUCAAGUUGCUGCAUUACAGUGUUGUAAACCCUCAGCAUCUAUAGAUUUGAAGUUGGGUUUCUGUUGAAUUACAUUUGACCGGAGUUCUUGGUAUAUAAAGUUGAAAUCGAGUAAAGAACUCUGUUAAAUCCUUCAUUAUUCGCCUUGAUUUUCAGUUCUGCAUUUGCGAAGCUUCAUUAAUAGAAGAACGUUACUUAAUUACUCAAAAAGAAUCCCCCCUUAAGGAUUGCAUCAUCACAUCAUAUUAGCAACCUUUAGCCAAUUUAUCCUUUCUAAACAAAAGGUUACCUUACGAUGGAACCUUAAAUAUCGACCUCAGUGCAUCCGGCCCAUUCAAAAUACGAACCCGUAACGAAAGUUGCAAGACAUUUAGGCUUCGGAAACUUAAGACUAAAGGUUUGGCGGGGCGCGCCAGGCCAGGGCAGUGGUGCAACGCCAAGGCGACGCUCGAGUGACCACAGUAGCAAGCUACCGCCAACGGCCCUCCCCCUCAAAAAAUUAAUUUAAUAUCAUGUGGGCCGAUGACCCACGUAUCAGAUAUUAAACUGAUAAGAACAGAUACUACACUUGAUCUUAGCCAAAAGGCCGAGAAAGGUAUGCUCUUCCAUCCUUCCGCCUGGCUUUCUUAUUCCGCUCUUUCUGUUUCCUCCUCCUCGUUACAGGUCGAUGUGGGACACACGUAGCAUCAAACACUCACAUAUCUGCAGUUAAUUAAGCUAAAGCUACGGACAAAACUUGGAUCAUUCUGAA